AUGAACCACGACGAGGAGCUCGACUUUGGCGAGGACGAGCUUGUCCCGCAGGUCCAGCAGGCUGUCGACGCCUCGCUCGACAGCCGGACCGCUCACUCGACCUCACUCGCUUCGGAUCGCGCGGUUGGUGCAGGCGGCAGGUCUAACGGGCCGCUGCAUGAUUCGGCAUCAGGUGGCAGCGGGGACGCGGCAGCAGGAGAUGCGGGAGGUGCGGGUUCCUCAGCCUCGAAACAGUUCGCUUCCACCGCUUCCGCAACCGCAUCGGCAGCAUCGACGCCGCCCGUAUCAGCCUCCACGGCCAACAAGCCGCACGACGAGACGCUCGACGAGAAGGGCAACAGGUUGCCGGAGGGAUGGGUCUCGCGGGUGAGCAAGUCGACGGGGCGCCUUUACUACCGCAACACGCUCCUCAAUACGAGCGAGUGGGAUAUUCCGACGAGGCCUGCGUCCGCGAGCAAGGAGGCGACUCCACCGCCGCCGCCUGCCGCCUCAGCGCCCCAGCCGGUCGCCGUCGAGUCGGUUCCUGCUGCCUCGCAGACCGAGACGCGGGCGGAUCAUCCUGCGCCUCUCAUGCGAGAGGAGCCGCAGGAGAUGCGGUCUGCUCAGCAGGUCGAGGAGCGCAAGCCGCGCGGCUACAUUCACCCCGACCGCCUCCGGUUGACCAGCGCCGAACCUGUUCCGGCUGCCUCGCCGCCGACGAUGCCACCGACUGGACCGGCCGCCGACCGCAAUCGACCUGGCGCCGCUCAAUACCCGCCGCGUCGUUCCUCGCAGUCUAACAACGAUCCGGCCAACGCCGCCCCGACUGCCGCCCCUCCUCCGACCGGACCACGCGCCAACGCCUCAGCCAGUCGCCAACCUCUGCCGCCGCCCGUCAUACCGCCUACAGCUCCUGGCCGUCGCCGCGGCGGCCGAGCGAAAGCAGCCGUCACAGCUGCCAAUCUCGUUCCCGUUGCACCUCGCGGCCCUCGAGCUGCGGCUUCGGCAGCGGCGCCUGAGUCGCCUGCGACGCCGACGUCCGCUGCUGCGACCCCUAUGACUGAGGCGCCGGCCAGGAACGCGAGCGUCGAUGACCGCUGGGCCGCACCGAAGGCAGCCGAGCCUGCCGCGCCGAACGGUCCUCGCUUCGCGGUUCGCGGAGCUGCUGCUCGCGGUGACAAGGAUCUUCCGCCUCAUCUUGCGAACGUGCCUUCCGGUCCCCGCUUCGCCGGCUCCGCACCUGCUCCGUCAGCGGACGACAGGUGGGCCAAGCCUUCGUCGUCACGCAACAGCCGUCCUGCGUCGCCUCCGCCUCGCGCCGAGCCCUCCGACAGCGGCCGCGAACGUCAAGACUCGCUCGGCGCGACAAGCAACACGAGCGGAUCUGGCUUGACUCAGGCGGAGAAGCUGGAACAGCAGAGACUCGCUAGGCUCGCUGUUGUCGGUGGAUCAGCCGCUCCGAGCCAGCCUGCACGUCUCGGACGUUCGCCGAAGCGCGAGCGCGUAGAGCUCGCUCCUUCUGCCGACGACCGCUUCGCCGCACCUCCGACUGGACCUGGACGUGGCAGGCGCCCACCGCCUGUUGCGGCGAAAGGAGCAAACGCGAUGCCUGUUGGUGGAGGAGGAUGGGGAGACCGUGUGAGGUUGGCGAAGGAGAAGAUGGAGCGUGAGGCAGAGGAGGAGCGCAAGAGGGAGGCUGAGCGGAAGACCAAGGAGGAGGAGGAUAGGAAGCUGAGGGAAGCGCGAGCGAAGCAGCGUGAAGAGGCGGAGCGGAGGGAGAGGGACGCGGCCAGGGCGGAAGAGCAUGCAAGGCGAGAGCAGGAGCGCAGGGCGGCAGCUUACGGGUCUCGUGCAGCACGAAGGUCCAGGUCACCCCCUCCUCGCCGCAACGCCAGUCCACCACCGUCCCGUCGUCUUCGCAGCCCGCCUCCCUUUGAUCGUCGCCCUCACAGCCCACCAGACUUUGACCGCCGUCCUCUCAGUCCGCCUCCCUUCGACCGCCGCCCCCUUAGCCCGCCGCCCUACGCACGGCGUGGCCGCAGCCGCUCGCCGCCUCCCCCAUCUCGCCGACCGCUCAGUCCGCCUCCUUUCGCUCGUCGCGGUCGCAGCCCUACUCCGCCCCCGUACGGGAGGCGUCCUUACAGUCCUCCCCCUCACAUGCGUCGCCCGCCCAGUCCCGGCCCUCCUCCCAUUCACUACCGCCUUCGCAGCCGCUCGCCUCCACCGCCCUUCCCGCGCGGCGGCCGCUCCCCCUCUCCUCCGAUGUUGCGCACCGGCGAUCGCUACGACAGCAGCGGCGCUCGCCUUCCGCCUCGCACCUUCGGACCUGGCGUGCUCGACAAGUCGUCCUCGGCGCUUCGUGGCAAGUUCCGCGAUCCCGAACAGCAAGCUGCGGACGACACGCCGCUCAUCCGUACCGCUGGACCUCCAAUGCCACUUGACGACGGACCGCGUGGUGGCAGGGAGAGGCCGAGGGGAGGACGGGGUCGGGGAGGUGCGGCAGUCGAGCGCGAGAGGUCGCAUGACGAGGGUUGGAGCAAGCGCCCUGGUCGCGAACCUUCGCCUGUGCGGCGUGAUGAGCCGAAAGGAGGCCGGAAGACUGAGGAGGGCCGUCCGAAUGGAGGUCCUGCACCAAAAGCAGACCUUCCGUCCAAUCCGCCUUCCCUGCUUUCCCGUCUCGGCAGCUUGCCGGAGAAGCCGUCAAACAACGGCAGCGGUUCUCUCGCCAAGCGUCUGCGCGAUCCGGACGAGGUGAUCAAGCAGGACCAGGAGAAGCGCAAGCGUGUCGCGGCGGACUGA